AUGAAUCGAUAUCGUCAUCGAAGUAACUGGCGAUCUCUUUCAUCCAUCUCUUUUUCCUCUUUGUCGCGUUCUUUUUCUUCUUCUUUUUCUCGACUUUACCAUCCUCAGCAAGAGCAGAAGCUUCGUAAUUCUAAUAACGAACGAAAGAAAAGUGGAGUGUACGGCUUAGUUGGCUUACAUGCACCAAAGGAUUUCGAGCGAUUGGCCGCAGAUGUCAUUGAUAGAGUAAACGAUAUCAUCAGUGAUAUUAAAGGAAAGCAAGAGAAAAAGGUUCUUCGGAAGCACCGCAGUAAUACUACGGUGGCCGCUGGCGUUGUUGAAGAAAGAAUCGCAACGUGGGGAGAAAAAAAUAUCGUCCAUCAACUGGAUGAGAUUUCGGACACCAUAUGCGCGGUCGUAGAUGUUGCCGAACUGUGCCGCAAUACACAUCCUGAUCGAGAAUUCGUACAGGCUGCCGAAAGAACGUACUUGAAAUUGCAAAAUUUUGUGCAAACUUUGAAUGGAAACGUGGACUUAUACCAAAGUCUUGUUGACGCAAAGAUAGAAGAAGACGAGUCACAAACGGAGGAGUUACGAAGGGUUGCUCAAACGCUUAGACAAGACUUUGAACGAGGCGGUAUUCAUUUAACGGAUGAAAAACGAAAAAGGCUAGAGGUACAUUCAGACGACGCGUUGCGACAUGGCUUCCAAUUCCAGCAGAACUUGAUAGAUCCGCGACAAAUCAGACAUGUUGAGUUGAAAAAACGCGAGGAGCUUGAAGCGAUACCGACAUGGAUUCAUUCUGGUAGUAAAAAAGGAAAUCAAACUCUAAUUCCAGCGGAUCAAAAUACUAUGAAUUCUAUUCUGCGCGCGUGCGAUAAUCGUGAAGUGCGGCGGCAAAUGUAUGAAGCUGGAAACUCAAGUCCGGAAGGAAACAGACUGGCGCUGAGUAACUUAAUAAAGUCACGAAACGAUGCCGCUGAGAUUCUCGGGUUUCCCUCUCACGCGGAUUUUAUGACGGCUUCUAUGUUAUCGAAGACGCCAAACGGUGCGAAAGUGUUUUUGAGAGAUUUGAGCUCGCAGGUAAGGGACAUAGCAGAAGGAGAAUUUAAAAUGUUGGAAAAACUACAAAAGCAGAAUGCAAGUGGAGGAAGAGAAGAAAAAAUUCGUGGCUGGGAUGUUCUACACUUGAUGCGACAAAUGCGAGCAAAGGAUGAUUAUCCAGACAUAAACACUGUAGCACAGUAUUUUCCUCUCGAUGGUGUCCUUAAGGGUAUGAAUGAGUUCUUCGGGAAAGUUCUAGGCGUAGAAAUUGCAGUAGAUAGUCUGAUUCCGGGGGAAUCGUGGUGUGGCGAGGCAAUAAAAAAACUUCGAGUCACUGUGCCAGGGACUGAUACAGAAGGGAUUAUAUAUUUAGAUCUCAUUCCAAGGCAAGGAAAGUUUCCCCACGCGGCGCAUUUUGUUAUUAGAUGUGGGCAUCGGCAAAAAAGCGGUGGAACCCGUCAAACAGCUUCUGUUGCCUUGGUCUGCAACUUUGCUGCAAAAUCUUUCUCACGAGAAACUUUAUUGACACACCAAGAGCUCGAAACAUUCUUGCACGAAUUUGGCCACGCAAUGCAUUCUGUCCUGUCUGAUACGGAAUUUCAGCAUCUUUCUGGAACGAGAGGUGCUAUGGAUUAUGUUGAGGUUCCCAGCCAUGUGUUUGAAUACUUUGCGUGGGACGCAAACGCGCUUCAUUUUUUGGGGCGCCACUAUCAAACUGGCGAAGCGAUACCGGCUGCACUCUUGAGAAAACUGAAGCAAUCAAAGCGUGCUUUCGCGGCUAUGGAUUUACAGCAACAGAUUGUUUACGCCUUACUCGAUCUUGAGCUUCAUAGUAAUCAAAUAGAUGUGGAGAAUUCGUCUGAAAUAAGUAAACUAGCUUCGGAGAUUCAAUCCGAACAUAGCUUCAUCCCGAGCGAGCCUGGGACGUCGUGGGAACUUCGGUUCGGUCACACCGUUGGCUAUGGAUCAUCAUAUUACAGCUAUUUAUAUGCGAAGUGUUUAUCUGCAAAGAUAUGGCAACAAGAGUUCACAAACGAUAAAAUUGGACAAGGAGGGUGCACGAUACUGCGGGAUAAGAUGCUAAAAUACGGUGGAAGUCGUGAUCCAGCCCACAUAUUAGAAAAUGUCUUGGGUCCAAACACUCUGGAAAAAUCAUUUGAUGGAGGCGUCUACCCUAAUUCAUCCCAUUUACUCAAAGAAUUUGACUUAGCGAAAUAG